CCGUUGUUGGCGCUAGUGUCGCCUGAUUGUCCUGCCAGUGUCCUGGCUGAAUCCUUCCGUGCUACUGUCCUUCCUAGUGUCCUGCACUCGUCAAUCAUCUAUAACUGCUUCACAUCGUACCGCGAUGAGGGCAGCCGCCCUGUUGCUGCUACCCCUGGUGCUGUGCUUCCACAGAGGACAUGUCGAGAACCACCCGAGGUCACCGAUCCUCCGCCUAGUGACGUCACCGGGCUCCUCGGCCCGCUUGGGGGAGAGGACUUUACCCUUACGUGCUGCCGUAGAGCAUGUUCCUACAGAGAACGAGAGAUCGCAAGAACAUGUUCCUCUCAGAGACGCAGUUGAGAGGAGGCUUUCACCUUACGCAAAGCUCUCUACAGCCUGGUGGCGGCCGAGAGAUGUCAAAGACCAACCAGUUCGCAGCCUGGUAUGUUUCAUUGAGUCGUGGGCCGCCUACCGUCGCUCACCGGCCACUUUCACAGCUGACAACAUCGACCCUCACGCCUGCACACACCUCGUGUACGCCUUCGCAGGUGUCAAUCAUCAUCGGAACGCUUUGGUGCCUAAGGACUAUGAGUAUGACGUUGUCAAAGGAGGCUACCGAUCAGUCGUGGGACUCAAGCGACAAAAUCCGAACCUCUCCGUACUACUGUCUGUGUCGGGGAGACUGUCCAAGAUAGCCGCAGAUCCUGCGUAUCGUCGCAUGUUCAUUCUCUCAGUUCUGCGUACCCUGGACGAGUACAACUUUGAUGGCCUCGACAUUCACUGGGAAUAUCCAGGUGCCUCAGAUUUGGGUGGAACUCCGGAAGACAAAGAUAACUUUUCUCUCCUCGUGGAAGAGUUGUCGAGUGUUCUUCAUGCUCGAAGUAAACUCCUCACAGCUUCCGUAUCUCCUUCCAGGUUCCGCAUGGAAGACGGUUACGACGUGUCUCGUCUAAGUUCUCAGCUGGACAUGGUUCUACUGAAGGGGUUCGACUUUAACUUGGAGCGCAAAGACGGAGCACGCCACCACGCUCCGCUCGCUCCGUCAGGCAGCGACGCCCUCUCUCAGUACUACAAUGUUGACUACGCUGUCCGUUAUUGGCUGAAGCGCGGGGCCCGCCGAGAACAGCUGGUGCUUGGUAUACCUCUACAUGCUCGUACCUUCACCCUGGAGGAGCCUGAGAACUGGCAUGUGGGGGCCCCUGUCACGGCGGAGGGCUGCGAGGCUCCGUACACACAGCAGCCGGGGCUCAUGGCUUACUAUGAGGUGUGCGAGAUGCAGAGAUCCAAGGAAUGGAAGAGGUACAGAGACAAGCAAGGAGCUCCAUUCAUGGUCAAGGAGGACCAGUGGGUCGGUUACGAGGACUCCUCCAGUAUUGCUAAGAAGAUGGAGUAUGUCCAAGAGAUGGGGCUGGGUGGUGUGAUGGUUUGGUCGUUAGAUCUUGACGACUUCCGAGGUGUCUGUGGUCCUCCGUACCCACUGUUGCGAGCUGUUAAAAAUACUCUGUCAACCGUCAAGCUAGGAGUGGGGCCAUCAGUGUCGACAGUCGCUGUUGAGUGUGAUGGCGAAGGCUACACCGGCGCUCCUGGUGACUGCUCCGUCUACUACAAGUGUAACCACCACGCCAAGCACCUCUACAUCUGUCCGCCAGACAUGUACUACGACUCGGACCUGGGACUGUGCAACUGGCCGUCGCUGGUCAAGUGUUCUGAUGAAGACACCUCAAGAAACGAUGAUCAGGAAGAUGAUGUGGAAAGUGUUUCAUCUUUCAAGAAAGAGGAAGAAGGAGCGAAGGUUGUCUGCUACUUCACCAACUGGGCUUGGUACAGGAAGGGAGAUGGGAAGUUUUACCCGGAACACGUAGAUCCAAGCCUCUGCACACACAUCAUCUAUGCGUUCGCAUCACUCGACCCCAACGAACUCACUAUCAAGGCCUUCGACCCGAUGACUGACGUUGACAACAAGUUCUACACGCGACUGACGGCUCUCUCCUCUCCCUCCACCAAAGUGCUGCUUGCACUCGGAGGCUGGACUGACUCUACGGGAGACAAGUACUCUCGGGUAGUCAGCAACGGCAGUGCUCGGCGCGCUCUAGUGUCCAGCGUCGUAGCCUUCCUGCGUCGUAACAGCUUCCAGGGUCUUCACCUUGACUGGAACUAUCCCGUCUGUUGGCACUCGGACUGCAAAAAGGGGCCGGAGAGCGACAAAGCAAACUUUGUCAAACUUGUACAGGAACUUAGAGAAGCCUUUGACAAGGAGAGUCCCCCUCUGACAUUGGCUGUGGCAAUCUCCGGCUACAAGGAGAUCAUAGACCGAGCGUACGACUUCAAGGCACUCAGUGAGGCGGUGGACUUCAUGAGUGUGAUGAGCUUCGACUACCACGGCGCGUGGGAAGGCGAGACAGGCCAUGUCAGCCCUCUUUACGGCCAACAAGGCGAAAAGUACCCUCAUUACAACACGGAUUCGGCGCUGAAGAACAUGGUUGAGCGUGGUGCGGACAAGUCCAAGCUGGUGGUGGGAGUGCCUCUGUACGGACAGUCAUUCACCUUGGACGACCCCAAGGACAACGGAGAGGGAGCCAAGACUAUCUGGCCGGGGGACGCAGGGGAGUUUACACAACAACCCGGCAUGUUGGCGUACUACGAGAUAUGCAACAGAGUGAACAAACGUAAUUGGAAGGAACACACAGGAAUCGCAGGUCCUUAUGCAACAUUUGGUGACCAAUGGGUCAGUUACGACAAUCCCACAUCGCUUAAGAAAAAGGUAGACUAUGUCAAGUCUGGUGGAUACGGAGGCGUGAUGGCUUGGACGUUGGACUUGGACGACUUCAACAACCAGUGCUGCGGAGGGACGUUCCCGCUGCUACGAGCCGUCAACCUGGCCCUGGGCCGCAAGGUGGAGUCGCCUAGUGGAGGUUGUGGUCGACCGCAGCCUUCAACCCCUCCCACUGUGGAUCUGACUGUCACCCCAGACACGGGAGUUGCUGGACUACCAAGCACAACUGAACAUGUUCAUGAACAUCAUCCGACAAGACCUACAACAGAACACGUUCACGAACACCCAACCACAGAGCACGUUCAUGAACACCCCACAACCGCUUCUACCACAACAACCGUGGCUUCUACAACCACAACCGUGGCUUCCAGCACCACAGAAGAAGAAGAAGAAACGGUCGACGAAUUGACAGAAGAGCCAGAAACUGAAUCUUCAACAUCUUCUUCGACAACUUCACCGUGGUGGGUCCCUACCUCAACUUCCACAAAACCUACACCGCCGUGGUGGCCCCCUCCCACUAAACCCACCACUAAACCUACCACAAGACCCACCACUAAACCUACCACAAGACCUACCACUAGACCUACCACAAGACCUACCACAACUCGUAGACCUCCCACCACAACUGUGUCGACCACACCUGCCCAGUGGUGGACAGACAGACCAACCACAGAGGAAGAGAUCGAUGAAGAAACCAUUGAUGAAGUUGUUCCACCAGAAGAAACCAUUGAGGAAAAUCCGGAACCCCCAGGCACACAACCAAUAGUACAGCCACCUCAGACACUCCCCGCCACCUGUACGACCGGAGACUAUCUCGCCUCUACGGAGAACUGUAACGCCUACUACCGUUGCAUUCUGGGAGAAUACAGACUACAACACUGUGCCGGCUCUCUGCACUGGAACAAUAAACUGCAGAUAUGCGACUGGCCCGAUCAGGCUAUGUGUACAUCAGGCUCACAGAAUGCUCCGUCCAAACCGACCUCACCCACUAGCACAGAGCGACCAGAGGAGUGGUGGACCCAUCCGUCAACCACCCGGCCACCCAACUGGUGGACCCAUCACCCGCCCACUGUGGAGUCAACCACCUCCUCCCAGACCCAGGGUCCGACCGACUGUAUCAACGGACAGUUGUAUGAGAAGCCAGGGAGCUGUGAUAAGUUUUACAUCUGCGUCAAUGGUCAACUCAUCCAGCGCAGGUGUGCGCCGGGUCUGCUGUACAACUCCGUACUAGGAAUGUGUGACUGGGCAGCGACUGUGGACUGCCUCGACACUGGCAACAAGGACAAGUACAGACAAGACUUGGUGGAGAAGAAGGAGCCGUGUACCAAAGGUCAGUUCAGACCUCAUCCGACCAGCUGCAGCAAGUACCUUCAAUGUCACUGGGACACCUACGAGACAAUGACCUGCUCUCCGGGGCUCCACUGGAACCAGAAAACAAAGAUAUGUGACUGGCCGCGUAACGCAGGAUGCCAACACAAGACUGACAUCGAUGAGGAGACGACCCCGGCACCUUCCACGACUGAGUGGACGUGGACUCCGGGACAAGAGGGGCAAUGGAUGCCUCCUACCAAACCUCCCCCCACCACCACCACCGAGGGAGAACCUUACGAGCACCCGCUGUCUGGCUACUACAAGGUGGUGUGUUACUUCACCAACUGGGCAUGGUACCGCCAGGGUGCUGGCAAGUACCUGCCUGAGGACAUUGACCCCGACCUUUGCACUCACAUCACGUACGGCUUUGCCGUGCUGGACUACGAGAACCUCAUUGUCAAGGCUCAUGACUCUUGGGCCGACUUUGACAACCACUUUUACGAGCGAGUGGUGGCAUUCAAGAAGAAGGGCAUCAAAGUGUCUCUCGCUCUCGGAGGAUGGAACGAUUCUCAGGGAGACAAAUACUCUCGUCUGGUCAAUAACCCUGCAGCCAGGAAACGCUUCAUUGAACAUGUCAUUCCCUUGCUGCAGAAGUACGGCUUUGACGGUCUCGACUUGGACUGGGAAUAUCCCAAGUGUUGGCAGGUGAACUGUAACCAGGGACCAGACUCUGACAAGGAGAACUUCAGCCGCUGGGUGAGAGAGCUGAAGAAUGCCUUCAGACCUCACGGAUUGCUUCUGUCAGCCGCAGUCAGUCCUAGCAAGACCGUCAUAGACGCUGGUUACGACGUGAAGACCAUGGGAGAGUGUUUGGACUGGAUUGCCGUGAUGACUUACGACUACCAUGGACAGUGGGACAAGAAGACUGGACAUCUAGCGCCCAUGUACGAACAUCCAGAUGACGACUUCUACUACUUCAACUCUAACUACACCAUCAACUACUGGAUCGAUGAGGGAGUUCACCCACGCAAGUUGGUGAUGGGGAUGCCACUCUACGGACAGUCGUUCACAUUGUCGGACCCGAGCAAGAACGGUCUCAAUGCACCAGCGUCAGGCCCCGGCACUGCUGGGGAGUACACUCGCGCCGGCGGCUUCUUGGCUUCUUACGAGAUUUGUGACCGAGUGCAGAACCAAGGCUGGACCGUCGUGCAGGACGAGGAAGGGAGAAUGGGACCUUACGCCUACAAAGAGAACCAAUGGGUCAGCUACGAUGACAAGGCUAUGAUCAAGUACAAGUCCGAAUACAUCAGGGAGAUGAACCUCGGUGGAGGAAUGAUCUGGGCCCUCGACCUCGACGACUUCAAAAACACUUGUGGAGGAGGAAAAUACCCUCUGCUGAAGACAAUUGCUGAUACCCUUGCCAGUCCUCCAGACGGUGUAAAUUGGCAGAAGCCUACGCCGAAACCAAAGCCCACCAAAGCCCCAAAACCCAAGCCUAAGCCUAAGCCCAGUAAGCCUCCAAAGGGCUCUACUCCUCCAAUACCCUCCAAGCCAGCCCAUAUACCCACCAGGCCUCCACCAACCACCCCCACCCCUACCACGACCGAGGCGGUAGACGAGAAUGCGGAGAUCAUAGAGGCGGGAGAACUACCACCUGUCGAGGAAGUGACCACGACCACUAAGAGGCCUAAACCUUCCAAGAAGCCUAAACCCAAGCCUAAGCCCAAACCAAAGCCCAAGCCGACGGAAAAACCACCGUUGAUGCUGGACAACACGUUCAAAGUCGUCUGCUACUUCACCAACUGGGCUUGGUACAGACAGGGACCUGGAAAGUACUUGCCUAGUGAUAUUGACGCAGACCUCUGUACACAUGUGGUCUACGGCUUUGCUGUGUUGGAUACGGACCAGCUGAUAAUCAAACCCCACGACACUUGGGCCGACUUUGACAACAAGUUUUACGAGAAAGUGACCGCUUUGAAGAAGAAGGGAGUGAAAGUGUCGAUCGCUAUUGGUGGAUGGAACGACUCAGCAGGAGGAAAAUACAGCAAACUUGUCAACUCUCCUGAGAGUCGUCGCCGCUUCAUCGAACACGUGCUCAAGUUUAUCCAGGAGCACAACUUUGACGGACUCGACCUUGACUGGGAAUACCCCAAGUGUUGGCAGGUCAACUGCAAUAUGGGCCCAGAAUCUGACAAGGAGGCGUUUGCUGCUUGGGUGACAGAGUUGAAGGAGGCGUUUGAGCCUCACGGACUGUUGUUGUCUGCGGCCGUCUCUCCUGCUAAAGCUGUCAUUGACGCUGGUUAUGAUGUUCCUGUGAUGUCUGAGAAGCUGGACUGGAUCGCCGUGAUGGCUUACGACUACCACGGACAGUGGGACAAACGGACAGGACAUGUGGCUCCGAUGUACCCUCAUCCUGACGAUGAUGACGUCACCUUCAACACUAACUUCACUAUUCACUACUGGACAUCGCAGGGAGCCGACAGAAGCAAGCUGGUGCUGGGGAUGCCGAUGUACGGACAAAGUUUCAGUCUUGCGGACAAGAAUGACAACGGCCUCAACGCACCGACCUACGGUGGUGGCGAGGCGGGAGAGGAGACCAGAGCUCGCGGAUUCCUGGCCUACUACGAGAUUUGUGAGCGGAUCCUGAAGAGGUCGUGGGAGGUUGUGAAGGACCCUGACGGAGCCAUUGGACCUUACGCUCGGCUGGGUGACCAAUGGGUGUCCUUCGAUGACCAAGCUAUGAUCCGUCACAAGUCAGAGUAUGUGCUACACAACAACCUGGGCGGAGCUAUGAUCUGGGCGCUGGACCUCGACGAUUUCAGGAACACAUGUGGCUGUGAGAAGUAUCCUCUGCUGAAAACCAUCAACAGAGUUCUGAGGAAAUACCCUGGUCCCGGCCCCGACUGUAGCUUAGACUCUCCAGGUCCAGAGAUGAGAGAUAGAGGCUGCAUAGCAGCAGAACCGCACACCUCUGACUGCACCAGAUACUACGCUUGUAUUGAGGGAAGACCUGUGGAACGAGUCUGUCCCUCGAGGCUUCACUUCAAUGCGGAAGAGCAGGCCUGUGAUGUGCCUCAGAGAGCUAACUGUGCGUUUGACCAACCGACUCCACCAAUGCCUUCUGAGAUUGACAGACCAAUAGAUGUUGACACCAUUCCUUCUGAGGCCGCAAGCAAAGUGGUGUGCUACUUCACCAACUGGGCGUGGCACAGACAAGGUCUGGGCAAGUACUUCCCUACCAACAUUGACACAGACCUCUGCACUCACAUUGUGUACGCCUUUGCUACUCUGGACGAGAAGUCACUCACCGUGCAGCCUCACGACCAGUGGACCGACGUUGACAACGACUUCUACCGCCAGGUGACACAGUUGAAGAAGCAGGGGGUGAAGGUGCUGCUGGGGGUGGGGGGUUGGAACGACUCCAAAGGAGACAAGUACAGCCGACUAGUCAACGAUCCUGGCGCCAGAGCUCGCUUUGUGAAGCAUCUGUCACAGUUUCUGCAAAAACAUGACUUUGACGGUGUGGACCUGGAUUGGGAAUACCCUACUUGCUGGCAGGUGAACUGCAACGCUGGGCCACCGUCAGACAAGGAAGGUUUCGCAGCACUUGUCAAAGAGCUGAGUAGAGAACUGAAGCCACGAGGUCUGCUCAUAUCAGCAGCUGUCUCUCCUAGCAAGGUGGUGGUGGACAGAGCCUAUGAUGUACCUACCUUGGCCGAGCACCUAGACUGGGUAGGACUAAUGGCGUAUGACUACCACGGCUACUGGGACAACCGCACAGGCCACGUUGCUCCUCUGUACUACCACGACGGAGACGUCUUCCCCACCUUUAACACUAACUUCUCCGUGCAUUACUGGCUGGACGCAGGGACUCCCAAAGAGAAGCUGGUGCUGGGAAUGCCUCUGUAUGGUCAAACAUUCACCUUGGCAGACUCUGCAGAUACGGGGCUCGGGGCCCCCACCCAGGGCCCAGGCAUGGCGGGGCCUUACACUGGCAAUGCUGGGGCCCUCGCCUUCUAUGAGAUAUGCGAGAGAGUGCGUGAGGAUGGUUGGGUAGUGGAGCGACCAGCAAAGGAGUCUAUAGGAGCCGUGGCUCACUACGAGGAUCAGUGGAUCGGCUACGACGAUGUCUCGGACAUCAGCAGAAAGGCCAAGUAUGUAAAGGACCUCGGCCUGGGGGGUGCGAUGGUUUGGGCGCUGGACUUGGACGACUUUAACAACAACUGCGGCUGUGGACGGAAUCCUCUGUUGACGGCUCUCAACCUCGGUCUGCGCUCCUCCAGCGUGCCACAGCUGACUGGCAGAACCUCCGAGGACUGUACUGCUGCCGACCCAGCCCACCGUAAAUUAUAAUGAAGGGAUGUAACGUGAAACAAAGCUGGUUGUUGUCGAGACAACAUUAAGAACUUAAAGGUAUAAAAUUGGCAAACAGAUUAAAUUGGUUUUGGUUUGAAACUGGUAAGCUCGGACACAAAGGAAAAAUCUGUUAAUGAGGAGAAGUAACUGGGAUUAAGUUAAAGGAAUUAGAAAAAUGAUUAAUUUGUGAGUAAUGGUAGUAAAAACUAGAAAUGUCAUUUGUAAAAGGAUUCAAAGGUUGGUAUUACUUCCUUGACAAAAAAGUUAGCCUAUGUGAUAGAAUUUGACAAACAGAGAAAAUAAAGGCUUAAAGCUGAUAGAACCAGGAAGACUGGGUCAUCCUUUGGCUUUGACAUAAGUGGCCAUCUUGACAAAAUUUUAGAUAUUAAGUAAAGAUUUGCUCAUAAAUUGUGUUGAUUAAGUUAUUUUACAUUUUAACUAUGUGCCAUUUUUAGGUUAGACCAAUGUAUUUAUACAGUGUAUAGUAUCGAUUAA